AUGAUGAGUAAAGGAAGUGAGAGACCUAUAUCUAGUCUCCAUGGCGGUGGUACAUUCAUUAACAGUGGUAAUGAGCAAAGCAAUUCUUUAGGUAUUUCUAGAACUCCUACUGAAAUUUCAAAUUACUACAACCAGCAGACAUUCUUUCAUAUAAAUUAUUAUGGCUAUCCCAACUUCCCUCCAUCCACUCAUAAUAAUACCAAUAGCAAUAACUAACAUUAAAAUAAUACUUUUCCAUUCAAGAAUUAAAAUGAAUACUCUAAUCGCCAAUAUCCUUAGUCAAAUUCUUAGAACUCAAACUAGUAGUCUCAAAAUCACCAAACUAAAAAUGUAACAUUUUCUGAGGAAGAUAAGAAAAUACUAAGAGGAAUAAUUAAUAAGAACAAUAACUAAGCAGCUGGAUCCUUGCAUUUUUAUGGUUUUCUUGAAGAUUCUCAUCCGCUUGAUGUAGGACAGUAUGAAAACCAUAAUAAAUACCUAAGAACACUUGCCCUCCUGAGUGUAAGCGACUUAAAUUCCCUCAAGGACUCAUCAGAAAAUAAUAACAUCUAGUCCAAUACUCAUUUGUAUAUUCAAGAUGAUUAGCAUGAGAUCAUGAAAAAUCAAUUAACUUUAAAGAACAACAGGAUAGAAUUCUUAGAGAAGAAGAUUCAACUUUUGGAGGAGUAAAGUAACUAGAUGAAAGAGAGAUUAAAAUAGAAUACUGCACAUCAUGAAUAGGAGCUUAAGAUAAAGGAAGAACUUCAUUAAAGAGAAGUAAUAUAUAAUUUUCAUAUUCAAUAGAAUGAAAAUUUGCUCAAAGAAACUGAGAGCAUUAGAAACGAAAAUGAUAAGAUCAGGAAAGAAUUUGGCAUUAAAGAAAAAGCACUUAUGCAGCAAAUAUAGCAACUUAAGAAGGAAAAUAUGAUUCAAAUGGAAUAAAUUAACAGAAACUAGACUAUUGGGGCUUAGAGUCAAAUUACAUAAGCAUCAACAUAAUUCUAGUUAGAUGCUUAAGGAAAUCUUACUCAUACAAGAGGAAGCAUGUAUAGUAUACCUAGAGGAAGUCAAGUAUUAGAAAAUGAUAUAGAGAUAAUAAAUAAUGUCAAUAUAAUCUACCCCGAAAUAUGCUCAAAAUAAUUUGAUAUGACUCAAGACGAUAUAAAUGAAAGUAAAAAUCAGACUAACCAGAGUGAUGAUGAAGCAUUGAUUGAUCAAAAUAACUCAAUGAGCUCUAUCAAUCAAUAAGUAAUAAAUAUUAGCAGAGGUGCGUUUCUAACUAACAAAAGAAGAACUAAACCUAUCAGGAUAAAUAAAGAAGAAUAGUCUAGCCAAUCUGAGCCUCAUAAAACCUAGUCAAGAUUGAAUACUGGAUUAAUCCUCAAAUCCGAUUAAAUAAGAAGAAUAUAACUGAGUAACUAAAGCACAGUUUCAGGAAUGAUCCCUGAAAAUAUCAAUUUGAGUUCUUAUCUAAGUCCUAAUACUUUGAAUAGAAAGUAAAUUGGAGUACUAUAAAUAAACUAAUAAUAGCAAGAUAAAUUGCCCAAUUAGACACAGCCAUUUAUAAUUAGAUAAGAGAGAAAUGAGGAGGUUAGUAGCAAUCAAUAGUAAAAUUUGAAAAGUGAUUCAUAAUUCGGUGUAAUGGAUAAGUCUUACUUCAAUGAAGACAUAAUGCUUAAUAGUUAAAGCAUACAUUAAAAGAUUAAAUAGUAUCAAGAGCAGUAGAACUAGCUAUUUAAUCAGCAUAAUAACUUUACAAAUAGGCAAUCAAAAUCACAAAAUAAGUAUACUAAUGGAUAACAGAAGUAAUAAUUUAGAGAUAUUGAUAUUAGUGAUCAUAUAAGAAGUAAGACUCCUAAUGAUUUCAUGGCUAAUACCAGCUAUAUAGCAGAAGUAAGAAAUCAGUUUAAACUCUCAACACUUUCUAAUGAGUAAAAUGAUCCUAAAAACAAUACCACUUAAUUUAUAGGUGAGAUUAAACAGCAAUCUAUUGGUAAAGUAAUGAGUCCAACUAACUUUUAAUCUGAUACAGCGAAAUUUUUUCAAGAUUUAAACUAAACCUACAAUCUGUAGAAUUCCAAAGCUAAUCAUAGAAGUGGUGCAAUCAAAGAUAUUGAUACUGAAUUCUCAUAUCAGCAUUAAGUUUAAUUAAACCAGCCAAGCAACAAUAAACUGAGUAUUAGAAAUCUAUAAAACUCUAAUAGACUUGGGAAAUUAAAGAUCAAGCCAAGUUCAACACAUAAUGGGAUCAAUUAGCGAGAAACAGAAGGGUCUAAAACUAUUAUGGCUACUGUUGGAAAGAGUUCUAGUAAUUAAUACAUGGGCCAUAAUAACAUACUAAAUUAAACUAUGGAGAGACAAAUGCAGGUAGUCACCACACUUUAAACAAGCCAUAGCUUUGCGUAAUCACAGUCACCAGGUAACAUGAGAAAUUAAAGGAUAGGAGGAGGUCAUUAAAAUCAUAAAAUAAACAACCUUGCUUCAUAGGAAUAUGCUGUUCUGCAAAAUAAUUUCCUAUCGAACUAAUCCAUCAACAGCAGUUCAAUUGUGUAAUAGAAGAAUUUGCAGCUUAAGCACCAGCAGAUUAACUAAAUAAAUUAAGAGCUGAAUCAAAUAAAAUCAAGCUCCGAAUCAUAAAGAUAAAAGACUCUUAGUUAAGGAAAAUCUAAGAAUAUUGCAAAAAACAUCAAGAUUCUUCCAGGUUAAAUAAAUUGGAUAAAAGCUCCUCAAAAUCAAGUAAACUCCUCUGUACCAAAAGGAAAUCUUACAAAGCCCAUUAAUUUUAUCAGAUAAAACAUUGAUAAAGUAGAUUUAUCCUCAUAGAGUAGAGAUCUAAGUGCCUUAAAUAAAUCUGAUUAUAGCAAUAUUAAUAAUCUAGACAACUCAAUGAAUACUUAGACUCAAUUCAGAAGAAACACUAACAUAAAGUUAGCCCAAGCUUAAAAUGAUUUGAAUUAGAUAACAAACAUAGGCUCGUAAGUUAUGAUGAGAAAUAACUCAAAGCUUAAAAAGAUUAAAACCUCUCAACCUUAAUUUUAGAUAAACUUCGUAAAUAGCAACAAUAGUGGGCGAGAUCAAGAGCAAAAAGCAAGUAAUAUCAGUAUUAGUAAUACCAACUAAGAGAAUUUCUCCAAAACGCCAAUUUUUUCCUAAGAUUUUUGA